UUUUAUCUUUCAUCUCUUUUCUUUUUCUCCCUUCUGCUUUAGUCCAUCGAUCAUGAAGGGACCUUGACUUGACUUGAAUAAAUUGACGACACUGAUUCACUCUUGUUGAACAAGGAACAUUUUACUUGUCGCUUUCUCACUUGUACUUCUUUGUUGUCGUGUCAAACUCACAAACAGAGAGACAUAUAGAAAGUGAAGACGCUACAAUUUUGUUGUUCUGUUCCAUUCAAUUUCACCGACAACAACACAAUGGAGACAGUGGGUUCUACGAGGUUGGGUAGAGCAUCUUCACGCUACGGUGCACCUGCAGUGUUCAAUGGUCCUGUUCGUAAAUGGGAGAAGAAAUGGGUUCAUGUUUCACCUUCUUCGUUUAACAACAACAAGAAAAAUAAUAAGGAUAAUAGUAACGAGAAAUCUCGUUUACUUCUUCGUCGUUGGACUCCGGUUGCGAAUUCUUCUUCUGCUGAGGAUGUUUCUGAUGAGCCACCUAGAAGGAAGUUUCGUUAUACUCCUAUUGCUGCGCUAGAAGAACAGAAAAAGGGGGCUGUGGAAAAGGUUGAACAUGAAUCUACAAUUGAGAGUGACCAAGUGACAGCUAGACAGACAAAUGUGAAUCAUGAGGUGCAUGGGAAGCUGAAUAUGAAUGAAGUUUCAGAGGACACAAAGGACUCGAACAUGAAUGAGUUGGAUCUUGGUUUCGACUUCCAAGGGAACAAUGGUGAAAACAGCUAGAAGUGAUGAUCAUUUAGAAGAAAAAUAUCCAGUGGGUGGUCCAUGAACUAAGAGUCUUUGAAAUCAUAAUAUCAGUUGGGAUCCUAUAUUUACAUAGAUGUAGUUAAUUAGUCAGUCAGAAUCUUGUAUAUAGUCAGUACUUAGUACUACUUAUCUAGUGCCAGAAGCGUCAGAAACUAGUGUUGAUCAUCAUAGUUGCAUUAUGUGACAUGAUUUGAGGCUGUUUAGUACCUGUAGUGUAGACAGUAGUAGUAUAUGUAAAUAUAAAAUCUUAAUAUGCUUUUCACUACUCAUGGUAUCACUUAUAUUUGCAUCUUUUCUGGUUUUGGAA